AUGUGGAGCUGCAUAUGCACCAUGAAACUGUACUUUGUUAAUUAUGUUUGCGAGAGGGUCAGUAUUAAGGCUAACAAAGUCAACGAGACAAUUCAUCAGCUGACAGGUAUUUUUCGAUACGCCGACAUCCGCGAGGAGAUUCAUCAAUUCAUUUUGCAAGCGAUACAUCGCCCGUUGAAGUUUACCGGUUUGGGUCUCUUCUGCUUCGGCAGCAAGUUACUCUGGAAGUUUUGCGCGAUGAUCAGCACGUUACUACUCCUCAUGUUGCAAUGGUCUCCCGAGUUGCAAAAGUAUAAUGAUUCACAUUGA